CGCGGAGCUUGCCAUAUAAUAAUGGUAAAUAUUUACUCUGCAAAAUCACAUGAUUCGGCAUCAAAUUUCUCUCCCCGAUUUGCCCUAACAAUGCAGAACAAAACAGUUCCGGAAAGGUUUCUCAACGAAGAGUUUCCACCAUCAAAAUAUCCACAAACAUGUCUAGUAAUCUCUCUUUACUUACAGUUCUCUUUAUUCUGUGUUAUUUCAUCAAGAAAGGCCGAAAUGUCGUCGUUUAUACCACGAUAACUCGAGACUCAAACGGUGAUUACUUCACGAACGUCUGCAACAAUUGCUACAAAUAUGGCGCUGCACUCGAUCAAGGUGUUUGUAGAUGUAAAUCGCAAAGCUCUCUCUUUCUGAGAUCUGAAAAGCGCUGCUCUCGCGAGGACAAAUUUUUGUUUAAGGAGAAAUGUCAGCAGUGGCAAUAUGAGCUUAUAGAAGUCAUUGACACUGAAAAAAAGGAUUCAGAAUAUACCUUUUUCAAGAAACCUGAGCAAAUGCAAUCCUCUUGCCAGUUGGAGCCAUUAAUAUCCUUUUAUAAUAGUACCAUGGGAGAGUGGCAGUUUUUCAAUCUAUCUGGAAAUGUGUUAGCACUGUUAGCGCUGCACAGUGGUCCACUAGCCUCAUCUAUGCUAAAAGUAAAGGUUACUCAUGUAUCUCCUAGUCUGACAAAGUUCAAAGGUUAUGUCAUGAAACUGGGAUUGAAGUGCAUCGAUAAACACAAUGGAAACACAGAAGAAUAUUGUUUACUAUUUAAAGCAAAGGGAAAAAUACAUUCUCCACUGAAUUGCAGUGUGUCUGUUGACUCAACAACAUUAACACCUUCAAUAACAGCUCCUGCAAAAACAAGUACCCUAGUAACUUCUCCAAUUGCAAGUAGCCCAGUUGUCAUAGUCACACCAACAAUCACCUGUACAUCAUAUACUGCAACUAGUACAAAAAGACCGCCACCAACCUAUUGCGAUGAGCCAGACCCACCACUGUCUGCUGGAAUCAUUGCAGUGAUUGUGAUUGGUGGAGUUGUAUCUCUUAUUUGUGCAUUUGUGGUGGUGUACCGAUAUACAUAUAUAUUUCGAACAAGAGGACUUCAAGCAAGAAAUCCUGACCAUGACUUUGAUGUAAUAAGCAACUCUGGCCCUCAGAUUUACAGAAUUCCAGAGGAGCCAGUGUAUGAUGAAGUGCCAGACAUUCCCCCUGACAAGGGAUCUGCUGGUUAGUAUUUAGUCAGCAAUAAUUUAUGCGAAUAUAGUCAGGAAAUAAAGGCUGGUUUUGGUAUCCACAGAGAUUUUUACCGUGAAGUUGUUGCAAGAUACGCGUGGACCCUUGAUUGUUUUAAGACUUUUUCGUAUGGUUUGCUUUGCGUUUAAAAAAAAUCAAUUUCCAAAAAUGAAACUCCAUGCAACUUCAGUCAGUGUAGUC